AUGGCAUGCGCUGAAUAUACAUCCACAACAUUUACACCAGAAAGGACAUUUCGUUCCUACGACCAUGCACAGGGUAUUGCCUACUCUCGACGCCGUCCCAACUAUCACCCAAACCUAUAUAAAACUAUCAUCGACUACCACAUGUCCACUGGAGGUGAAUUAAUCACAAUUCUUGAUGUUGGCUGUGGGCCAGGUAAUGCUGUCCGUGAUCUUGCGCCGCAUUUCACGCAUGCCAUCGGUCUUGACCCAUCAGAAGGUAUGAUCAGUACCGCGCGAUCGCUCGGCGGUGUAUCGUCAAAUGGUCAGUCUAUACGAUUCGAAAUAUCCACUGCGGAAGACCUCGGUUCCCAAAGCGCGCCGCCAAUCCCCAACUCCAGUGUUGACCUGAUCAUCGCCGCCACGGCAGCACACUGGUUUGACAUGCCGCGAUUCUGGCGGCGGGCGGCUGAGAUCCUCAAACCGGGAGGAAGUGUUGCCCUCUGGGCUGCUAGAGGUGGGUAUCCGCAUGCAUCCAUGCCCAAUCACGCCGCUAUCCAGGCUUCCAUGUUGGAGAUUGAAGAUCGAUACUUGAAGCCUUAUAUGGAGCACGGCACUCUCCUUGCGAAAGGGUUGUACACCGAUCUCGGUCUUCCAUGGUCUAUCUCUGAGCCUAUCUCUGGAUUCGAGCGAGAAACUUUCUAUCGCAAGGAUUGGAAUAGGGAUGUCCCGUGCUCCGAGGGUGACGAGUUCUUCGCGGGUCAGAGUGAUCCGCGCUAUUUAGCUAUGAAUCUUCAGGCUGCGGAGAAGAUGCUUGGGACUAGGGGCACAGUGAUACGAUGGCGUGAGGCUCACCCGGAUAUGGCUGGAACCGAAUCUGAUGUUGCGAGAAUGAUGUGCAAGGAGAUGGCGAGGCUUUUAUACGAGGCAGGGGUGGAGCAGGGCGAUGAGAUUGUCAAGAUGGGUGUAGAUGGAGUAUUGUUGAUGGUGAAAAGAGAUCACGACUGA